AUGAACAGCAUUGCAAACUCAAUUCUCCGACGGUUCUCCAGCAAUGCAUCCACAAUUGUGGAGCUGGAAAGCCAUCGAGAUGACCCCUACCAAUCGACACUGACUUCGGUCACGCCAUGCAGGCAAUGCGAUAACGAGAUGAUGGCUCCACUCCUUCCUCAGCAUUUUAACUGGCCUAUGCCACCAACACAGUAUCCUAGUCCAUCAUCAAGCACGUACUAUCUUGCGCCUGACUCCAUGGAUGAGGCCGAAGUAGACAAUCGCAACACGUUCCCCUCUAUGCCCAGCAUAUGCCCAGAGGAAGACCCUUUUUACCCUCUCGAACGACAAUGUGGUCAAAUACCAAGCUAUAUCAACCGGUCUGAAGUAUACACCAGAGUUGACGCAUACUCCAACGUGGCGACGAUCACGAAAAUCAGCGAAUCCAAGGAGAGGCCAAUACAGAAGAUGUCACGUCGAGUAUCCAUCGUGGGUAGGAAUGCCAGCAAGCAGGCAAGGAAGCUUAGCGGAGAGUUGGUAAGAAAGGGAGGCAAGAUUCUGAGCUUGAAUAAGGCACCAGACUUGAUCCGAAUGAAGCAGCGCACGGCAAUGGAUGAGGAAAUGAACUGGCUGACUCAUCGUCAAGUUGACCUAGGACGUGAAGUUGAUCCAGAUGAUAAUUCUCAGAAGUGGCGCAGAAAUAUUGAGACCGACUUCCGCAUUGUGGAGUGGACGGCUUCGGUUGAGAACUGAUUAGAAGAUCCCAGAAUUGUUCUGUUUACUGUGUAAAAUGAUAUCAUCGCUCGUCUCUACCAUAAUGGAUGUAUGGGGAGUCUUGGACUAUAUUCAUCGCUCGCGGAUUAAAAAGUAGUCAGAGGAUACGUCACGUUUCCCGUUCUAAUAGAAGUUUACUCCAGCAAAGCCUCGCU